CCACCACCACCGCCAUUUGCGAUGUCUUCAAGCACCUCCCCAUGGAGUCCUGCCCCCGGGCGAUACGAGGUUCAGAUGGGGCAGUCGCUCGUCAAGGAUCUCAAGAUGCGCAUGGGAACUUACAACGCCAAACGGGCCCUCCCAGAGAAAGAUUUCUAUUCGUUUCGAUAUAACUUUAAACCGGAAUCUAUUGAUCCCACGAAGCCCGGGACCAUUGAGGUCCAGCAGGGGAAGGAGGGGACGGGGGUCAGAGUCGAGCGGCCGACUUCGCAGCUAAAUGAGGCACACGAAUUCGAAGGUGACGAGAAGCCUGCGAAGGACUUUGAGUGCGUGCUCAUAUACGAUCCCGGGAUGGGUACAUAUACCCUUGAGAAGCUAGACUCUUUGAUCAGUUUGAACCACAAGAGGCGUGUGACUACGAGGGCACGACCGUCUGCCUCCGCUUCUCCAUUACCCCAUGCUCCAGAGCCACCCUCUAACGCCCGUUCAGCUUUCAAGGCUCCCACGACAGAAGAAAUAGAGGCGGAGCUUUUAGAAGGACUCGAAGACGCGGAUGGCGAACCCGACGACGAGGUUCCCACUCGACCCCUGCCACAAGAGGAGGAGGAAGAGGAAGAGGAAGACAUCCCCAUCGCUGCCAAGUUCCAGAAAAGGCCAGCACCAGCCCAACCUCCCCGCCCUCCGCCACCUAAACCCAAGCCUGCGCUCCCACACAAGCCAACACCCGCAGAGAAGCCUCCACUCGCUUUGCCCUCCCAACCACCCCCUCCAAAGCCCCGCGCGCCGCCCAAGCCGAAGGCCAAACCCGCCAGCAACAAGCGCGUACACGACGAUCCCGACGUAGAGGAGCUAGAAAUCAACCGGCCCUCACCAGUCAAGCGCGCGCGCGCCUCUCCGCCGCCACCACCACCACCACCCGUUCAGCCGACGUUCAGCCUCGCACUGCCCACCGCAUCAGGCCCCGACCCGCUUGCCCACCAGGCGGCAUUCGCGCCGCCCGUGUCCCCCGCGCCCCCGCUGCCCGCGCCACUCGCAGACUCGGACGACGACGAGUGGGACGAGGUCGCCGCACCGAUAACCGCGACAAUGCAGCCGCUCACCAUCGUGAUGACAGAGGAUAACGGCGACGAUAACGACGGCGGCGACGACGAGGACGACGAGGACGAGGAGGGCGAGGAGUUCGACGACAUAUUCCAGGCGCAGAUGGAAGCGGUAGAGAUGGACGAGGACGAUGGGGACGGUCUGUUCCCGCCAGACGAGCCGCAGCCCGUCUCGACCGGCCGGCCGAUCUCGAUGAACGCGCUGGCGCGCGGCGUGGCCGACGAGGAUUCUGAUGACUAUAGUAGCAGUUCGGAGAGUGACGACGAUUGACUGACCUGAUAUGCCGAUCAUAGAGACAUUUUCUGGCCUCGUGGAUGUACUUUUAGUGUACCAUGUUUCUUUCUUUCUUUCAUACACGCGUUUCCGCAGCGACCUCACAUAAUUCAUACUUCAUUCCUUCUCGC